UUUGUGAACUGCUACAGUGUGAAGGCAGCCACCAAAGUGCAGGACUUCUUUGCUGCAGCCAAGCUUCUAGCACUCGGACUCAUCAUCAUUAUUGGCUUUGUCAAGAUUGGCCAAGGUGACACAGAGGGACUUCUUCCAGAGAAUUCCUUCAAGGGGUCCAAAUAUGAGUUCGGAAACAUUGGCCUGGCGCUGUACAGCGGUCUGUUUGCCUACGGUGGUUGGAACUACUUGAAUUUUGUUACUGAGGAAAUGAUAGAGCCCUACAAGAACCUUCCCCGAGCCAUCAUCAUCUCUCUGCCCAUUGUGACAGCAGUAUAUGUCCUGACCAACCUGGCAUAUUUCACCACACUCUCCCCAGAUCAGAUGCUCUUCUCAAAGGCUGUGGCUGUGGAUUUUGGUAACUAUCACUUGGGUCCAAUGGCAUGGAUCAUCCCAGUGUUCGUUGGUCUGUCCUGCUUUGGUUCAGUCAACGGCUCUCUGUUCACAUCUUCCAGGUUAUUCUUUGUGGGUUCCCGGGAGGGUCACCUGCCUAGUCUCCUGUCAAUGAUCCACCCCACUCUGCUGACCCCACUGCCCUCACUUAUAUUCACUUGUGUGAUGACACUGCUCUAUGCCUUCUCCAACAACAUCUUCUCCGUCAUAAACUUCUUCAGUUUCUUCAACUGGCUCUGCAUCGCCAUGGCAAUUGUUGGGAUGAUGUGGCUCCGUUAUAAGAAGCCCGAGUUGGAGCGACCCAUCAAGGUGAAUAUUCUGCUGCCAGUGAGUUUUGUGCUGGCCUGCCUCUUCCUCAUCAUCGUCUCCUUCUGGAAAACUCCAAAGGAGUGUGCCAUCGGCUUUGGCAUCAUCGGUACCGGAGUGCCUGUCUACUUCUUGGGCGUGUGGUGGAAGACCAAACCCAAGUGGCUGCUGAAUGGAAUCUUUUCGACCACAGCCUUCUGUCAGAAGAUGAUGGAGGUGGUGCCUCAGCAGUGUUAAAAGUUCAGUCAGUGGCCAAUCAGAUUGCACCAACAAGGAUUUCUGGGCUCUGACAUCACAGCUGAUGAAGCUUGACCUCUGUUGGCCCUUUCAUCCCAGUCUCUCCCUCUCUUUAUCUCUCUUUCUCACACACACCCUGUCUGCA